AUGAAGAGCUUUGUUGUGUUGGCCUUGUUGGGUUGCUUGUGUGCCCUGGUGAUCAAUGUCUCGUCCCGGAGUGUGGGAAAGAACAUCCUGGCCCGUAGUGAUAGUGAUGAUAGCAGUGAUAGUGUUGCCAUGGAUACAGGAAUGGGAGAGAGCGACAGCAGUGAUGGUGGUGAUGAUUCCUCGGACGACAGUGAUGAUAGCAACAAUGAAGACGGCAGUGAUAGCGAAGACUCGGAGAAUGGCAGCAAUUCAGAUGACAGCGACAGUGAUGAUGGCUCGGCCGUGCAAGCCCAACAACCUGCUGUUAUCGUGCCUGCAGUUCCGGAGACACCCAGGCCCCCAAUUUUCAUUACACUGCCCGUAGACUUGGACAAAGAUGCGCCUCAAACUAACGCACCAACGGAAGCUGCUCCUUUAGACAAGGAUGCUCCCCAGUAA